UUUAAUUUCUCCCAAAAGAGUCUCUCUCUCACCUACACCACACCUAACCAAACGCUCCGAGAGAUCUUCUUCUUCUUCUUCUUCUCAUUCUUCGUCUAGGCAGCACACCAACACGCCACCAUGUCCUCAACUCCCAUGAAAGCGUCUCCCUUUGAUCUCAUGUCCGCCAUCAUCAAAGGAGAGCCCGUCGUCGUCUCCGACCCGGCCAAUGCCUCCGCCUACGAGUCCGUCGCCGCCGAAUUGAGCUCAAUCCUCACCGAGAAUCGUCAGCUCGCCAUGAUUGUCACCACUUCCAUAGCUGUUCUCAUCGGCUGCAUCGUUAUGCUCGUCUGGAGAAGAUCCGGCGGCUCCUCCGGGAACAGCUCCAAACGCGUCGAGACAACGCUUAAGCCGUUGGUGAUUAAGCCUCGUGAGGACGAGGUUGAUGAUGGGAGGAAGAAAGUUACAAUCUUUUUCGGUACACAGACCGGAACUGCUGAAGGGUUUGCUAAAGCUUUAGGAGAAGAAGCUAAAGCAAGAUACGAGAAGAUCAGAUUCAAAAUCGUUGAUUUGGACGAUUACGCGGCUGAUGAUGAUGAGUAUGAGGAGAAGUUGAAGAAAGAAGAUGUGGCUUUCUUCUUCUUAGCCACAUAUGGAGACGGUGAGCCAACAGACAAUGCGGCGAGAUUCUACAAAUGGUUCACCGAGGGGAAUCACAGAGGAGAAUGGCUAAAGAACUUGAAGUAUGGUGUGUUUGGAUUAGGAAACAGACAAUACGAACAUUUUAAUAAGGUUGCCAAAGUUGUAGAUGACAUUCUUGUGGAACAAGGUGCACAGCGUCUUGUACAUGUUGGUCUUGGAGAUGAUGACCAGUGUAUUGAAGAUGACUUCACCGCUUGGCGAGAAGCAUUGUGGCCGGAGUUGGAUACACUGCUAAGGGAAGAAGGUGAUACAGCUGUUACACCAUACACUGCUGCUGUGCUAGAACACAGAGUUUCUAUUCACAGCUCUGAAGAUGCGUUGAAUGAGAAAAACUUGGCUAAUGGGAAUGGUCAUGUAGUCUUUGACGCUCAACAUCCUUACAGGGCAAAUGUUGCUGUGAGAAGGGAGCUUCAUACUCCAGAGUCUGACCGUUCAUGCACACAUUUGGAGUUUGACAUUGCCGGAAGUGGACUGACGUAUGAAACUGGAGAUCAUGUUGGUGUACUUUGUGAUAACUUGAAUGAAACUGUAGAGGAAGCGCUUAGGCUGCUGGAUAUGUCACCUGAUACUUACUUCUCCCUUCACUCCGAUAAAGAAGAUGGAACACCAAUCAGCACCUCUCUUCCUCCUCCAUUCCCACCUUGCAACUUGAGAACAGCGCUUACACGAUAUGCAUGUCUUUUGAGCUCUCCUAAAAAGUCCGCUUUAGUAGCUUUGGCUGCUCAUGCAUCUAACCCUACCGAAGCAGAGCGACUAAAACACCUUGCUUCACCUGCUGGAAAGGAUGAAUAUUCAAAGUGGGUAGUAGAGAGUCAAAGAAGUCUACUCGAGGUGAUGGCUGAGUUUCCUUCAGCUAAGCCGCCACUUGGUGUCUUCUUUGCCGCAGUCGCUCCGAGGUUGCAGCCGAGGUUCUAUUCAAUAUCAUCAUCUCCCAAGAUUGCUGAAACUAGAAUUCAUGUCACAUGUGCACUUGUACAUGAGAAGAUGCCAACAGGAAGGAUUCAUAAGGGUGUGUGUUCCACUUGGAUGAAGAGUGCUGUGCCUUAUGAGAAGAAUGAGAACUGUUCCUCAGCGCCAAUAUUUGUUAGGCAAUCCAACUUCAAGCUUCCUUCAGAUUCUAAGGUACCGAUCAUCAUGAUUGGUCCAGGGACUGGAUUGGCUCCAUUCAGAGGUUUCCUUCAAGAAAGGCUCUCGUUGGUAGAGUCUGGUGUUGAGCUUGGACCAUCAGUUUUGUUCUUUGGAUGCAGAAACCGUAGAAUGGAUUUCAUCUACGAGGAAGAGCUCCAGGGAUUUCUUGAGAGUGGUGCACUCUCAGAGCUAAGCGUUGCCUUCUCUCGUGAAGGACCAACCAAAGAAUAUGUACAGCACAAGAUGAUGGACAAGGCUUCGGAAAUCUGGAACAUGAUCUCUGAAGGAGCGUAUGUAUAUGUUUGUGGUGACGCAAAAGGCAUGGCAAGAGACGUUCACAGAUCUCUCCACACCAUAGCUCAAGAACAGGGAUCAAUGGAUUCUACAAAAGCAGAGAGCUUUGUGAAGAAUCUGCAAAUGAGUGGAAGAUAUCUUAGAGAUGUAUGGUAACGAGCGCCCCCACCCCCCCACCCUCAGACGCUCACUGUGUACUUGUACAGAAAUGCCACAGCAUGAUGAUCAUUAAGUUGUGAUCGCAAGCCUCCUUUUCAUCCAUUUUAUUUCAUAAUAAUUAUAUUUUUUCCAACCCUUGUUAUAUAGUCCCCACACAACAUAAUGAAAACAAAAACGCAUAAUAUGUGAUGUGGUAUUUGUGAAACAGUUGUGUUAUAUACAACGUCUGUAACUUUGGUAUGAAUAACUCUUUUUGAGACAUA